AGUAUAUCUCUCUCUUGUCUUGUUUUGUAGUGUGUGUGUGUGUGUGCGAAAGAAAUGAUGAAAAUGGACGGCUGAGUUUUCCUUUGGCACGUGAAACACUUCAUUAAAAUUUAUUUAGCUUAUUAUCAAAUUCACCGCCAAGCUGGGUGCCAAAACGGUUGAAAGGUUUUUAAGUUUAGCUGACAAUAAUUUCGUGGACGAUGUUAACGAUGACUUGAAAUGUUUUUUGUCAGAACAGAGAGGUGACAGUGUGCUGGUGUUCCCUCCAGUCAGCAACUAUCGCCGGUUUCUAAUACACCAGUGUGUUGAACAACUGGGUCGACCAGAUUUGGCCCACUUUUCUAUAGGAAUCAGUGAUGAAAGAAGGACCGUAGUCUGCUACCGGCACAAUCUAUUGAGUGAUGAAGCCUGUGCACGUCCAACAAUGGGUUUGACUGAACGAGAAGAUGACACCAUAUCAGGUUCCGAGCCGGCGGCGGUGGGAGGUUGCAAGCCGGCGGCGGCGGCGCAGCCGCUGCGCCGCGUGCAGCCUCAGGAAAAGAUCAGAUCUGGACCUACGAAGCCCCGGCGUCCGGAUCGUGCUGUGUACGUGCCGCGGGCACUGCGAUCGACGGAUAACAAUUCCUCCGACGAAAGCAAACCAGAAGUCAAUCAUAGGCGGUCGAGUCAUAGCGCCGAGACACCCAAGUGCCCUAAAUCUCCAGCUCCCAAAGAGAAAAAUCGGGAUUUACCGGGAACUCCACGAAAGUCUCUGGACAAGGCCUUUUGUAACGUAUACACACCGCCUCACCUCAGAAAUCAAAGAUCUCACACAGCGCCCAGUUUAGGCAGCGAAGCGACGGCGAAAGAUACAAACGAAUCUGUGCCUUCAGCUUGCCAAGUGCCAAAUAGUGAUAGUGCAAUAUCGUUUAGUGAUAAUAGUUAUAAUGAAGUAGAAGUAGGUGAGAAUUUUUAUAUAGGAGAUUAUUUUGCUAACGGACAGCUCGGCUUCUAUAGCCCCAAUUAUUAUAGUGAGUACGUCGAUCACGAGUACGCGCAAGAAAACGACUGGGGAACAAAUGAGCCUGACCAAAAAAUGGCUGUAAACGAAGCUAACGAAAGUAAUAUUAUUGAUAACGAUUAUCUAUACAGUAAGGAUGAAGAUGUAGAGCAAAAAGAGUUAAAAAGAGCGUCACAGGAGAUAAAUAGAAGUAGUAAACGUAUUAUAAAACAGAGUUUUCAUUCUGAUGUACUAGUCAUAUCGGACCCUGUAGAAAAUGAGAAACCAGAUAAAAGUGAAAUUGAAAUGCCCGUGGAACGAAGAGAAAAAGAGCCUGAACCGAAGAAGUUAAAGUCCAAAUUGGAGCCUAAGGUUUCGCUGAAGAGGGAAGAGAACGAUUGGGAUGCAGUAUUCGAUGAUAGUGGAGAGUGCUUGGACCCUUCCUUGCUUGAGGAACUGGCAUCUACUGUUGGGAAAGUGCACAUAAGUAAAGCAAAAAAUAGCUACGACCAGUACCAAACUCGGGGCCAGGCGUUGUUUAACGGUCCAUAUGACGAAACGUUUGGCCACGUGGUGGAAGUGUACGAUUUUCCCAGUGAAUUCAAGACGAACGAUUUGCUGUCGGUAUUCAGCGAGUACAAGGAAACGGGAUUCGAGAUCAAGUGGGUGGAUGACACGCAUGCGUUAAUUGUCUUCAGCAGCGCUAAAAUUGCUGCAGAGGUGGUAGCGAGCCAGCGACCGCUUGUGCGGUGUCGGCCGCUCCACGCCGCCACUCUCGAGUCACGGAACAAGGCGAAGAAGUGCGCUGAAUUUCUGCAGCCUUACAGACAGCGGCCGGAGACGUGCACGGCGCUGGCGCGGCGCUUGGUGUCAGGUGCGUUGGGCGUGCGGCUCAGCACCGCGCGCCAGGAACGGGCCGAGGAGCGCCGCCUCAUCACCAUCGCCCGCGGUACCGCCCCUUGUUGUUGAUCACACAGCUGCCGGAGACGUGCACGGCACUGGCGCGGCGCUUGGUGUUUCGCGCGCUGGCCGUGUGGCUAAGUACCGCCCCCUGUUGUUGAUCACACAGCGGCCGGAGACGUGCACGCCGCUGGUGCGGCGCUUGGUGUCGGGUAUGCUUGGCCUGCGGCUCAGCUCCGCGCGCAUAAUAUUUAUAAUAAUACAAAGACAAGCCUGCAUAGUAGCAAUUCUGCAAAAAAAAAAACGUCUACUGCGCAAGUGUAUUUGUCAAUGCUUUUGCUCAAGAUGUUUGUCGUUACCUAUGCCGCACGUUGUUUUUGUACACACUCAGUCAGCGGCUGAACGUGUGCACAUCAUUAUUGGUGCUCGGAUAGAAUUGGGCGUGAUAACCAUUGUCAAAAGGGAAACCUUCUAAUUUUACAAGCGAUGCUUAUUAUUGUAUUUUUUUUAUACAGGGUUAUGAAGUCAAAGUAUUAUUUAAUUUCUAAAUAGCAAGCUACUUUUCUUAGUUCAGCAACGUGUACUCCGAAAAGUAUCGCCUUAAUAAUCUCUGUCUCUAUCUACAAUAAUUAAAGGAUUUCAUUCUACAUGCCAACGUUUUAGGACAGCCUGUAUAAUCAUUAAAUAUGUGAAUAUUCAAGGAAUGAUCAUGAUAAUAAAAGGCAGAAAUAUCCGCAAAAUUAAACUGGACACUUUAAUAAUGUAAUAUAAUACUUUUUUUCAAUUACAAAAACGCCAUGCUUUCUACUGAGCUCUUUCAAAACAAUGCUUCCACUCACUGAUUAGUUUGUAGACCACUAUAGGCCCCGUAGGCGUUGCGUCGUUAUAAUACGACUACGGUUACGAACCGAGUGCGAAGAGGGAAUUACCUGAGUAGACUUCGUAGUAUUUCCCCACGUUGGGCGCCAGCUAGACGGCUAGUGGUUGAAGAUUUUUUUAAAGUUAAAUUUACAGCAAUUUAACACACACCUGAUUUUAAGUGUUAGUGGAGUCCAGUCAACACGAAUGAUAUGGAAGCAUUAUUCUCUAACAAAGGGUGCUAAAACAUGGUUCCAACACACACAACUAAACUUCAACACUAACGCGACACACACAAGAUAAAACAAAAUGCUUUGACAAAUCAAAUAACUGCAAAUGAAUUCGACUAUCCAUUCAUUGGGUAAGAUAAUUUAAAACUAAAAUCCCAAAAAACCCAUGAUCGGCGUGUUGUUCGCAGUUUUUUCGCCCCGUCCACUUGAUCUCAGUUUGCGUGGAACCACUUUUUAGUGCAGUUCGUAUUCCAUAUUAUUUCGAAUUCGUUAAGUAAUCCAGUUGCGAAUGUAGCCAACGCAGUAGGAAAUUUUGCCCCUCCAGCUAAUAGCACUAUGGCGACUUGAACCCAAUCACUAUCCCCGCGGAGCCCUGAAAAUCUUAAUCAAGGACAAAAUGUGUAUCUGUCGACGAGUAAUGCUUUCAGGUUUGUUGUAGUUUAUGUAAGAACUGCAUGACAUAAUUUACAGACUUCCAUGUCUGUUUGCGAACUAAUCAAAGUCGUGAUCUUUAUAACUAUGAUGAUAAGGUUGAACUUUGGCAAUUUAGCACACUUCCAGCUUAAGCGCUUAGCAAUAGUACAUUGUUCACCGAGAGAAAAAGUGAUCGAUUAUUAACUAGGGUGUAGUUUUAGCCAAGGGCCUUAAUACACCCAAGUUAGGAAUAGUACUUUCUUUCGAGGGAUACAUAGUGCUUUAUACUAUACCUACAGGGAAAUAAAAGUCUAAAAGACUUUUAAAUUUUAAUUAAAAAUUCUUUAAUUUGUAUUAAAGUUGUUAUAGUUAUUAAAGUUUUGCACGAGAGCUUUAUAUUAGUUUCUUGAUUUUAAUGGUUAAGGUUCUUAAUGACUGCUUAGGUAGUUUCUUUUUAUUCUAGCGGUGUCAAUAAAUCUUCAUUAUUGGUAAUAUACGCCGUAUCGCGUAGAUAGGAAAAAACAAUUAAAAACACCUAAAAAACUAAAACUUUUUGUUCCCUUUUCAAAAUUAAUUCAGAAAGCAAAUAGUAUACUGUUAAAAAAAUAGAUUACAAAAUCUGCAUUAUCAUAUUUUUCGGAACAUAAUAAUCAAAAACAGCACGUUAACAAUGAAUUUUCAUAGACUUUUCUGCCCGUUCAGCGCGUUAUAAUUUUAUUUCCAUACACUUUUCCAGUCAGCUUAGUAGUACCACAGUAAUGAGGUCCUUUCUGCUUCAUUUUUAAAACAAGACUAAAGCACUUUCCAAGCAGGUGUAGUAUAAAAGAAUAUUUCGUAUGUUUUAAUCAUCACCAGUCUAUUAAUGUUCCCACUGCUGGGGCACAGGCCUUCUCUAUGGAUGGGCCAUGACCAACCACGCGGAACCAGUGCGGGUUGGGGGGUGCUAACGAAUGUAAACGCAGCCGGGACCAACGGCUCAACGUACCUUCCAAAGCACAGAGAAGCUCGAGAUAGUAAAUUUUUGAUCACCCAUCCAAUAACCAACCACUGCGAAAGUUGCUUCACUACAAUAACCGCAAUCGCAACCGAACGAGCUAACCGGCUGCGCCAUCACGCUCCUCUGUUUGUAUGUUUAUUGUUUUGUAAUAUUUAUUAUAAUCGUCGUUAUUACCCUAUUUAUGUUUUACAGGGGCGUAAAAUCUGGCGCCCGGGGCCACUUACGAUAUGCAUUUUGUUGGUCAAGAAAUAUUAAUUUUCCUCUGUUUCCGUAUCAAUAUUAUAAAUGUUUAAGUUUGCAUGUUUGUUACUCAAUCACACGAAAACUACUGAAAGGAUGAAAUGUGGUUUAUGACCUCGAAUGAGAAAAAAAUCAGGUUACUUUGGGAUACUCAAAAACUACAGUUAAAGCGAAAAAGUCGCGGGCGGUAUUCAAUAUAACAAAAAUAAAAAAUGCUGAUUUAUAAUUUGUAUUUGUUUAAUUGAAAUUUUGGAGUAUCCCUUUAAUAUUAAAAUUGAUUAAAAUAAAGCACAAUUAUUUUUACAGAGAAGAAACGUCAAGCGGCCCUACAUAAGGAAGCGGCGUGGGAUGGCUCGCUCGCCAACCAAUCCGUGGCUGACACUUGAGACCAACAUCCUUGGACCCAAGGUAAUGGGAUCCCAACCACCUAGAAAUCCUAACCAGCUCUCAUAUAGUAUAAUGAUAUUUGUCGACACGUUAAUAUAGUUUUAGAUACAUAUAGAUAUUUUUCUAAAUCAAGUAGCCAAUAGAUUACGCUCAAGGGGUUUUCGUUCUUACACACAAGUGUCAUAAAGUUAAGAUUCGCUUAGUUUUAAUUUAGAUUGAGCAACGCCCUUAUGCAAAGCGUGCCUGCCUUAUGAAUACACACCAAUUUAUUAUUAUUGAGUGGUCUUAACCAAAGCUUUCAUUAUGGUAAUUGAAUAAUGUUUAUCAACAAACGUCCAUGACUCCAUACACAAUCGUCACAAAUAGAAAUCACUGAAAUCUUAACCCAUAACGGAAUUAGAAAGCUAAAUCCAGCGGUAUCCUUUAAAGAUACGCAAAAAAUAUUAUUACUAAAAGAUCUCAAGAUAAUUUACACUUCGCAAAAUGACAUAUUUUCUGAACUCUAUCUCAAAAUUAGAUAUAAGCAGGAUUAGUCUCAAAUGACAAAGAAAUAUGGUCUGUUUUUGCCUAAGGCGCGUACUCGCUUUACUUAGAAUAAAGCUGUCUUGUGAUCAUCGGCUACGUUGAGACAUAUACAAUAUUCAUAGUCACUGUUAUUUGUACGAAUAAACACACAAAGAUUUUACAGUACACUAUCAUUAAUUCUAAUGAGAUAUAAUUAUAUUUUUUUUUGACUAAUAGAAUAAACACAAUAGCAUCUAAUAGCUCGAAUAAAUUACAAUCGAUUGCUCAAUUUAUAAUCGAAUUCCUGCGUCAUGUUUCUAAACUUAUUUCUCCGAGUCGAUUCUUUCUGUGUAUGCAUUGUAUUUUUUAUUCUUAGUACUUUAAAUAUAACAAUUUUUUCAAACGACUUACAACAAAAUUUGAUCUGAUUAUUAUAAUGCUGUAUUGUAUAUUUUAUUUUAUAGUAUUCAAAAAGCCAAAUAUUAGUAUUUUAAUAAUAUUAGUUUAUUAUAGUAUUGAUAUUGCUAAUUUUGUGCCUUUAUGUAUCUAGUCUAUGUAAAUCAGAACGGUAAACCUCUUAGCGUUAAAAUUAUUAGAUGAAAUAAUUUCAUAUAAAAAUAAGCGAAUGAUGCGAAAGAUAACACAAACUCUAUUAAAAAAAUAUAUGUAUGAUACUUGAAUUUAUACCAUAAGAAACCACCACCAACAUUAAAUAGUACGUUCAGAGGUCAGGGAAUUGAAACCUUUAACGUUUAGUGUUAUAAAGUUCAAAUUAGUUGACGACUUAUUGUAAUAGUUACAAAAACGUAAUACGUUGAUAUAAAAAGCUAAGAUUUGAUGACUAAGACGUAAAAACCAUUUUAGUGUUAGUGGUGACAUGUGGUUCAAUUGAAGUGUUGUUAUUACGCAGAACUAUUUUCAAAUAUAAAUAAAACGUAUGUAUAAAUCGUGAUUGUACAGAGAGCUACAAAACAAGUUACCAAAAAUUGACAAUUUUUUUCAAUAGAUUGGGAAUCUUAUAUCAAGCGUCAUAAAGCUCAAUAUUAUAUUGAAAAUAUUGAAAGUUUUGGGUAACUAAAGCUGUCUGUACAUGAUUUCAAUACGUUUGAUUUUUUGAAAGUCAUAAUAAUUCAUUCAAGUUCAAAUUCAAUUUGCGCAAGCUUUAAUUGUUAUUUAAGGCAACUUCAGCAUUAUUGAUAUUAACUAUCUCAUUUCAAAUGUUAUGUCUUUUCAACAAGGCUGAGACACUAUAAAUGGAUUUUCAUAAAAUUGUGUCUUUCAAAUUCAAAGACACAAUUUUAUCAUACAAAAAUUUAUCAUACUGCAAUUCAAUCACUAGUGUUUGACAAAAGCUUAUCCUUAUUCAAACUUUGAAUGAGCAUAAGUUUUUGUCAAACUACUAGUCUACUAGUGAUUGAAUUGCAGUAUGAUAAAUUUAUAUAACUAUGUAUUUUUUUCACGUUUAGGUCUUUGACAAAAGCUUAUCCUUAUUCAAACUGAAUGAGGAUAAGUUUUUGUCAAACUACUAGUCUACUAGUGAUUGAAUUGCAGUAUGAUAAAUUUAUAUAACUAUGUAUUUUUUUCACGUUUACUAUUUUACAGAAUAUUAUUGUGUAAAAGCAAAAAAGUUAUCAUCCUUUUAGUAAUUAUGAGAACUGACGACAAAUCAUAAGUAUAUUCAAUUUCCGUGAUUAGUCUAAAUUCACAAAUUUAUAACACUAAGCUUUUUUUUUCUUAGUAUUUUGUAAACGUUACCACUGUUGUUUGUAAGCCAAAGAUCUGGGCUGGGCUUCAAUCAUUGGUCAUUUCAUUAUUCUUUACAGUUAGGAAUCUUUUAAGUGGUUGCAAUAGCAAUUUUAUUACGAAGCACUAAGAGUGACUACAAAGCAAAGUAACCAAUGUAGUAACUAUACGUUUUUAAAAGCUACGUAUUCUAAACACUUAACAGUAUAAUAAACUGUGUAAUACAUAUUAUUACUAAAAUAAAAUAAUUCUUAACAAUAAUAGUCCAGUCGGAAUAGCCAUAAUUUGGACCGACUUCUAUUCUAAGACACCAGCGCUUAGCCAAUUUUUUCCUAGGUAGUAUAGACCCCCACGAAUAUGCCCUCCAUUUGUCCCCGCUAGAACCCGUGUUUUGUAGCCAGGAAAAUUGUUUAAACAAAGAAAAACCGGUUUUUUUGAGUUUUUUUGCUUGUAAACGGGGAUUUUGAAAAUUUUUUUGAAUCAAAGUUGUUCAUUAGCUUGCCCUCUACAAAAUCAGUUCUAUGAAAAAAUAACGUGAGAUUGUUAGUUUAGCAAGAAAUUGCAAUUAUGUCGGUUUUACGUUUGCAACAAUUCAACAUGUUAUAAUAAACAUUUUGAUUUCUAAAGUAGUUUAUCAUGUGGGUAACGCCACUCCCAAGAGAGUCAUGUAAAAUUUAUCGACCUGUGUCGCAAACUUUAGCAACAAUUCUCAAUCUCCGAAAAAAAAGUACUUGCCUGUCCCGUCUUUCCCAGAAGGCGCACAGCGGGAAAAAAAAUUCAGGUGAUUCGAUUCACCAAGAAUUUUGAGGAAUCGAUCGAGUAGAAAAAAAUCGUUAAUAAAAAUGUUCGUUUUUGAACGAUUUAAUUUUUUUUUUAAAAUUGACGUAGAAUAUUUUUUUUUAAACUAAUGUAUUUUUCUCUCUUCAACUCGAAUAUAC